AGUGGCGAGGGGCUCGGGCGCGGGGGGUGGGGGGCCGCGGAGCGAUGGCCCGCGCCGGCCGCUGGGGAGGAUAAGACCCCGUCGCGCCGCGGGUGUGGGCCGGAGGGAGGAGACGGUGCCCGAGCGCCACGGGAGUAUGACGGGGCUGUACGAGCUGGUGUGGCGGGUGCUGCACGCGCUGCUCUGCCUGCACCGCACGCUCACCUCCUGGCUCCGCGUUCGCUUCGGCACCUGGAACUGGAUCUGGCGGUGCUGCUGUCGCGCCGCCUCCGCCGCGGUCCUAGCGCCGCUCGUCUUCACGCUCCGCAAGCCCCCGGCCGGCGGCAGGAACCGGCGUCAUCACCGGCACCCUCACGGGGGACCCGGGCCGGCCGCCACCCAUCCCCGGCUGCGCUGGCGCGCGGACGGCCGCUCCCUGCAGAAGCUGCCGGUGCACAUGGGCCUGGUGAUCACCGAGGAGGAGCAGGAGCCCAGCUACUCGGACAUCGCGAGCCUCGUGGUGUGGUGUAUGGCCGUGGGGAUCUCCUACAUUAGCGUCUACGACCACCAAGGUAUAUUCAAGAGAAAUAAUUCCAGAUUGAUGGAUGAAAUAUUAAAACAACAACAGGAACUUUUGGGCCUAGAUUGUUCCAAAUACUCACCAGAGUUUGCAAAUAGUAAUGACAAAGACGAUCAAGUUUUAAAUUGCCCUUCAGCAGUGAAGGUGCUGUCCCCAGAAGAUGGAAAAGCGGAUAUUGUGAGAGCUGCCCAGGACUUUUGCCAGUUAGUAGCUCAGCAGCAGAGGAGACCCACAGAUUUGGAUGUAGAUCUGCUAGACGGCUUACUUAGUUCACAUGGUUUCCCUGAUCCUGAUUUAGUAUUGAAGUUUGGUCCUGUGGACAGCACCUUAGGCUUUCUUCCCUGGCAAAUCAGAUUGACCGAGAUCGUCUCUUUGCCUUCUCACCUAAACAUCAGUUAUGAGGACUUUUUCUCCGCCCUUCGCCAGUACGCAGCUUGUGAGCAGCGCCUGGGAAAGUAGUGGUUCCUGGUUGCGAAUAUGAUUUCAGGCUUUUGGAGAAAAGGACCCAAUUGACUCUGAUGUUUACAAAGUACCUAUAAAACCUUGUACACACCUAGUUCAUAUUCCUCAUAAUUUAUCAACAAACACAAAAAAGUGUCUUACUUGAGAGUGAGUGAGUGUGUGCGUGUGUGCGUGCACGUGUGUAUGGAGAUAAAUUUAUAAAUGGGGCACAUUGGCGAAUGGAGUACAUCAUCUACAGUUGAAGCACGUAGCGGCCAUGUCUUCGGAACUGAGAUUUCAGAUGGAGAGGCUUCAGCUCCUGCCACUCUUCUGUUUUUGUGGGGAGUGGCAGGGUGAGUAGAGAGAGCUGGUGUGGUCGUUUGUGGUGGGAGGGGAUCAUUUUUGUUCAGUCUUUCUUAGUGACCAAACUUUAAUUUUUAAGAAUAAUAUAUUGACUUACUAGUGGAAGUAUUCUCAUUUGAGGGACAUUCAGAGAUUCUGGGUUGUUCCCUUAUUGAAAGUUUGCUCAUCUGCAGAGCAAAGACAAGCCUCCUCAGUUUUCCGUCCAUUUCAUUUUUCUGUGUAGUAAGCAGUGGGACUUGAGAGUACUGGUCUGGGUUGUAAAGAUCAUUUGGGGAAAAAAAAACUUAACAAUAUCAAAGUAAAAAAUAUAAAAAAUUUAAAUACUGAAUUAGGCAGUCAAAAACCAAAAAAGUGAACAAAUGAUCAUCUUAAAGAUGGAAAAUUUCCCAGAGGAUAGUUUCGAUUACCUUAUGUAAUGAGUAGAAUCCUAUAUCAUACCCAAAGCAUUAAAAAAAAAGUUUCGAUUAGCUUUUUAUUUAAAAUAAGUAUUUGAGAGACAUUACCAAGGCAGCUUUUUCCCCUCAAAAGUAACCUGCUCCUCUCUCGAGUGCACCUGGGGUUUUCUUUGCCCACUGAAUCUCAGUGAUGACUUCGCAUAAUGAUUAGGUAGGAUGGAGGCCUGUAUUACCAAAGUCUGUGAGCAUAAUUUAACUUGAUCAUCCAUGUUCUCUUGUAUUCUAGAGAACAGCACUGUUUCUGACAGAAUUAAAUUCUUGCUAGAUGUUUAAUGUUUUUCCACUGAUAAACUUUGGAUGGAAACCAUUCUUUAUAUUCGAUGGACAGUUUUCAGAAAACUUUUAUGAACAAGUGUAUAGGAGUCAGGCAUGUUUAGAAUAGAGCAGUUUAAAUAAUAGGCCUCAGAAAUUUAAAAAUAGCAAAGAACAUGGGUUUGGAAAGUAUGCUCUGGAAUUGCCUGUCAGACUCUGUGUUUCAGCUUUGGAUUACAAACCCCAUUUAUGAUUUUUAAAAUAUACUUGAAAUAAAAUGAUUAAAAUGAA